GUAUGUAUAUAAUGAGGGUCGAUGACUAAAAUUCCAUAUUAAUAGAAGUUGAGGGGCCGUUUCUGUAAAUUGUUCAAAAAAUAAAUUCAAAAGCAUCUUUGGCAGUUAGGUCAAACGAAAAUGGAGGAAGACGAGAGGAGAGAAGCAGCAAUCGCAUCAUCUGCAUGUCUGAACCCUAACUUCAGGCCCUCCUCAGCUGUUUCCAGGGUUCAGCUUUCGAAAUUCCAGGAACUGCACAAGAGGCGUUUACAAAUAAAAGAAAAAUCCAAGAUCAAAAAGAAAUCAAAAGGGAAGUCAUCUGGGCCAAGCAGUUCAGAAGGGAAGGAUCAUCAUGCGGAUGGAUGUACAAGUGAAAACCCAUGUAAAACAGUCCAAGAUACAACCAAAUAUGCCUCAUUAGACAGCCAUCAAAAUAACACUUCGCCUAUGCCGAAAGAUGUGGCAGCAUCAAAGAAACCAGAGAAGCUACACUGGGGGCUUGACACAAAAGAAAGAUGGGAAAGGAAAUCCAACAUGUAGUUUUAUGCCAGAUGCCAGCAUUUAUGGCUUGUUCAAGCGGAAGAGUUGAGACUGUUAUGACUUGUGAGCAUGACAAAAAGGCAGAUUAGAAACUUUUGGGAAACACAAUGAUCAUAAUCUACAAGGCUCUUUCUUGUGGCAUCCAUUGAACUCAUUUAAGUUUAUGGGUGUGUUUUCUUGGUUUCGACCUUUUCGUAAUGUGAAAUUUGUGGCUCAUCUGACCUUUUUUCUACCGAAUGUGUUCAAGAUUGGACCA